AUAUUGACAAACAGCAAAACAACUUUUCCAACUAUAAAUUAAUAUCUUCCCCAAAGAUAAGAAAAAGAAAGAUGACUGACGUAUAGGGUAGCUUAGCUUGAAGAUAUAUACAAUUUUUUUUUGCUUCAAAUCAAGUAAAGAAGGUCUAUUUUCCCACGUAGUUCAUCAUAUUUUAGAGCCAAACUGAUGGGAGAAGAGUGUGCAGACACGAAGAUGGAACGAGUUCACUUCGUUCUAAUCCAUGGGGUUGGAGGAGGAGGGUGGUGCUGGUACAAAAUGAGGUCUCUUAUGGAGAAUUCUGGCUAUAAAGUGACUUCUCUUGACCUUAAAGGUGCUGGCAUCGAUCCAUCUGACCCAAACACAAUCCUUUCCUUUGAUGACUAUAACAAGCCUCUUGUUGAUCUUUUGUCAUCUUUGCCUAAUGAUGAACAGGUAAUAUUGGUAGGACAUAGCGCCGGAGGACUGAGUGUGACGGAUGCAACCCACAAAUUCCCAAAGAAAGUAAAGGGGGCAGUGUAUAUGGCAGCAACCAUGUUGAGAACUGGUUUUGUGUCUGAACAAGAUGUUCAAGAUGGAGUCCCCGAUUUAUCAGAAUUUGGAGAAUUUGGUGAUGUAUACGACAUGGAGUUCCGAUUAGGACCCGAAAAGCCUCCAACCAGUGUGGUUGUUAAGCAAAGUUUACAACGGAAAUUGAUUUACCAAAUGAGCCCACUUGAGGACUCAACGUUAGCGGCAAUGCUGUUGCGUCCAGGGCCAAUUCAAGCGUUACAAAGUGCUCGAUUUAAAGAAGGAGAGGGCGCGGACAGUGUGCCUCGAAUAUACAUACGAGCAACGAAUGAUCGAAUGUUGAAGCCGGAGCAACAAGAUGCAAUGAUCAGAAAAUGGCAACCACAACAUGUGUACACAUUGGAAAGCGAUCAUAGCCCGUUCUUCUCUGCUCCUUUCGCGUUGUUUGGUCUGCUUGUCAAGGCUGCUGCUUCUUUUCAGUGCAGUGACUAAGAUAGUCUCAUCUGGAAUUCUGUCCAUGCUAGCUCCAGCUCUUGAAUUCAAGAAUUGAAAGCGAUCAAUAAGUAGUGCAUUAGAUACUAAAAUAAAGGAUAUGUAUACUGUCUCUCAACAAGGCCCAUUAGCUCAGUUGGUUAGAGCGUCGUGCUAAUAACGCGAAGGUCGCAGGUUCGAGACCUGCAUGGGCCAAUGCUUUUUUCGCCCUCCAUUUUAUUGGCCGCUAAGAUGAGUGAUUCGGUGAAUUUGGACGCAAAGACGACAAGAAAAAGAAUUAACAAAAUAUGCCUACUUUUGAGUCAUUGUGUACCAUUUGUUUCUCCCACUUUUUUCUUUUUU